GUACAAAUAUGCUAAUUUUUGACAUCCAUACAUAUUCAAUCUGGAGUUUGUAAAUGGUUAAUGGAAAUGGGUAGACAUGUGGUAGAAAUAACAUGAACGUUUUGCUUCAUAGAAUGUGGGAAAUGGGUACUGCGUCACUGAAAAUGUUGCUUCGAUUGCAACACAGAAAAGUCUGUUCUGUCGAUUGUAAAGAAUUGUACAUAACAAGUCCUCCCUGAAUAUCGCUAAAUUGUUUGACACGCCUCUUAUAUAGCCUUAUGAAGACACGAUAAAGAGACGUUUAAAGUUUUCAUUAGAUUUUCAAACUUUUGCUGAAUUCAUGUCCUCCAUGCUCACAUGCUAGGAAUCGAUAAUGGAUCCAGAAAAUUUUCAAAGGGGGGGGGGCUCAAAUCUGUAUAUUUUCCGCCCAAGAGGAAAGAGGAAGGGAGUGUGAAAACCCCAAACCUGCAAACAUUACCUUUUUGAAAAACAAUUGCAACCCUGUAACACAACACCCCCACUAGAUCCACCACUGAGCUUCAAGUUUUGGAAUGCCCGAUUACAUGUACAUUGCACGUCAACAAUGUAUUGAUUAGGAGGGAGGGUCUUCCUUUCGCCAUGUUGUUGAUGCAAGCAGAAUAAAGACCAGUUCUAUUCCCCAAAACACCUGGUCCCUGUCGUUUGUUGGUUGAAAAAUAUGUCAAUUAAUUAUAAAUUGAUUUUCAUAUGGACUAGUAUAGAUUUAUCCACUGACUUGUGAGUGGGGCAGCUCUUUUAUCAAAAAAAACAGAAUCAUUCCCCAAGGACUUGCCCAAGGGGAAUGAUACUGAUCUAUAUAUUCAUUAUUAUUAUUGUCUAAUUAUAUGGGGGAAAAGAAAACCAAAUUUCAAUUUCAAGAAGCAUUUAAUUGAUGAUCAACAAAGAACACCCAGGUCAGUUUGUGAGAGUGUGUAUUGAAUUUGAAGUACAUGUAUAUGCUGUAAGCCUAACGUUGCUCAGCUUUGAUAUUACAAUUUUCUCACAGUUUUACUUCUGGUUCUCUCUCUAACUGCUUUUUGAAAAAGUAUAUGGACAAAGGCUCCUCGGUUUUUGUGUGAGUUCUCCGAACGUCUACUCGCCAAAACAACAUCUAAUUAUGUAAGGUGUUGUCUACUACAUGUACUUGCAAUUGACGGACACCUGUGACCUAGAUUGUUCUAGAGUUCAAUGUUUACUUGUUUAGCAGAAAGAUGACGUAAUGAUUGCAUAACUGUGUCGUUGAAGAAUGUACUAGAAAAUUUAUUCUCAUUAUAAAUACACUGAAGUUUUAUGACCGAAAGCUAUGGUUAAACAAGCACUUUACGAAUUUGGUUUAUAUUAGUGAGAACUAGGAGUAUUUAAGAUUUUCAUUGGAAUAUUAACAGUUGAUGUGUGAUUGAUUUUUUUUAGUAGAUUCAGCUCGUCACAGGCUUAAUUAUUGUUCGCCUGUUGUAAGUUAGUACUUUGUCAUAAUUUUCUUUCAAAAAUUGUAAAUAAAUCUUAAUUAUGUGUGACCAGUCGACAGAAGAUGCUCACUCCUCCUAGGCACCUGAUCCCACGUCUGGUAUAUUCAGGGAUCCGUGUUUGCCCAACUCUCUAUUUUGUAUUGCUUAUAGAAGUUAUGAGAUUGAUCACUGUUCGUUAUCUUCACCUUUCAUUGAUGCCCACAAGCUUGAAUGUUUUUCAUUUCAAAAGCUCACACUCCAACUUUACCAAUGAUGUUCGUUGAAGGAUAUGACCAAAUUUUUUUUUACCUCGUUCCUUAAACGUUGCUAAGGUGAAUAAAUGCCAUGUAUGCAUCAAUUAAUAAUUGAGUCUUCGUAACAUUAAUCGAUGAUUUUUUUUAUUAAGAUAAGGAAAUAAGAAGAAUUUUUAAGAAGACCCAAGAGUCAAGGUGUGCCCCAUCAUGUAUUCUAUUGUCAGUCCCAUAUUACUGGAAAACCGCUAUUGUUCUUGGCGACCAUAGUGACCAUAGAUUCAAAAUUAAGAUCGAUUUCGUGAAUCGGAUGACUAAUUAUCCAUAUUUCCAUUACAAAGCCAUUUGUUAUAUCAACAUUAUCGAUGCAUAAAGAUGAAAAGUACGGAAAAUUGUUUCCUAAAUACUAAUGAAUGGAAUUUAAAAUCGUUAUCCGGACUCGGGUUUGUGCAAACAAUCUAUCUUACGAAGGACACGUGAUCCAUCGAUGGAACAAAACACUUGGAAAAUGAAUUUAUGUCAUUCAGCAUUUUCAGGAUGUAUCGCCAUUUUUUCCUAAUUUCAUUGGCCCUGUUUAAAGGAUUUCAUUCUGUCUUGUCCCUCAAUGAAGUGGAUCUGAAGCGAAGUUUGUUGGACCCAACUGUGUAUGAUAAAACAGUCCGACCACGCAUCAACACCACCCACACCGUGAAGGUAGAGGUUGGUUUUACCAAUGUGUUCGUCGUCGAUGUAGAUGAAAAAGGAAGUUCUCUUUCUCAAGCAUGUUACUUAUUCGUUGGUUGGAAUGACGAAUUUUUGACAUGGAACGCCAGUCAAUACGAGGGUAUAGACGAUUUUAUUAUCGAUAUUUCAUCCAUAUGGAAUCCGGAUGUGUCACUUCUUGGAAGAAUGGAGAUUGAUCAAGAAGUGAAGUUUAGUCGAGCAAGAGUGCAGUCCAAUGGCACAGUCAAUACGACAUUUGUAGGACAGCUGAUAACCCAUUGCAACACAGACCCCUCCCACUUCCCGUUCGAUUAUCAGCUUUGCAACAUCAGACUGGACUCUCAAAUUUAUACUAAAUCCGAAGUUGACAUGGAAUUCACCUUCGCAAAGAUGAUACCAGACUACAAAUCAAAUCCGAAUUGGAACACAGCAUACAUUACACGUAACUCUAUUGACAAGCAGGAAAUCAACGUCUGUCUUCAAAGGAAAUCUCUGUAUCUAAGCGCGUUAUACAUGGUGCCAACUACGAUGCAUGCCGUUUUGAUUCUCGUUUCUUUCUUAGUUCCCAGUGAAGCUGGAGAGAAAAUAUCAUUCGGAAUGUCUCUGUUCCUAUCCUUUAUGGUUUUGCUGUUGCAGUUAAAUGGGGAUUUACCUGAGGUGUCAACCUCCAUUCCAGCAUUAGAGAUCUACGUUAUGCUUCACUUGGUGAGUGGGGUCGUUUCCCUGGUUGUCUCCUCCUUCACAGCUUAUAUUAAACAGAACAGCGACCAAUCAGAAUAUCGAAAUGACGCAAAGGUAAAGGACGUAUCCUCCAUCGUUCCAAACAACAAAGGCAAACCUAACAAUAAAAGAAGAACGAACAUAUGCGAACGACUCAGAUCCGAGAUAUUCCUCAACCGACUUGGAUUUGUUUCGUCCUUCAUUCUGAUUCUAGCAGCUAACUGUGUAAUGUUAAAUGCCAAAGUGGUAUCGACGGAUUGUGGUCAUCUCCUUUGAUAAACAUUGUCUAUUAGUGUGUUGUAAUUGGGGGUGAUCAUAAUGAUCGUCCGCUUACGAAUGGUGAUUGUAAGUGGAUUCCAAUGCACACAAAGCGAAAAAACAUAGCUAAAUAACGACACCAGGAAUAACUCUUCUGUCUAUAUCCCGGUAAUGUAGUUUAACAUAUCAUUCACAUUUGCGUCAUCACAAUUCCAUUAUUGAGUGGUAACUAAUCAUCCAUUUUAGCUGAUGAAUGUUUGUACAAACAAUUUGAAAUUAAAACAAUUGUCAAUCACAUGGAGUAAACGAAAUAUUUCUGCCUCAUGAAAACUAAAUGUGAAAAUAAAGAAUUACAGACAAUUA